ACAGUCCAAUCAGCUGUGUUUGCAAUUUAGGUUUAUUUUUAAGCUUAUUUUAGUGUUGCUAAUAAAACCGACUGACCGGGCGCCUCUUCAUGUUCGUCGGUGGGCGUAUCGCAUUCAGUUUAUAAUAAUUGGUGUGCCGUAGAUAAGGCGGAUUCGUAAACAAACGACGGCAAACGCAAACAAACAUGUUGACACUCGGCUCGAAACGCCAGCGGUUCCAAUCAGUCGUGUUUUGGAUGUCCGCCUAGCCGGAACCCUUAAUUUUUGCGGAUUUCUCGUGGUUCGUGUUCUAAUUCGGGCUAAAAAUGCGACAAGUUCCCAGGUAUUCUAAUUAGCUGACGGGCAAAAAAGUUUUGAUUUUUUUUUAAAAAAAAGGGAAACAAAUAACGCACAUGCAGCGGAUUCCAAUUGGAAAAGAAACGUGAUUCCCGGUCACAAACACAUGCAUAAUAAAUAAUAAUAACAACUUUACUUGUAUUAGUGAGACACAUGCUUUUUUCGCUUGCCCUCGCAUUUUUUGUGAAUGAAUUGGAAAACGCGCUAGUUUAGCACCGAUAAAACGCCAUUUAGUAUUGAUCUUUGUGCCGCGGGUCAACGUAAUUACGCUAAAAUGAAGGCCACCAUCGAUAAGGAGCUACUGCCCAUGAAGGCUCACUACUUUCUCUUCAAUGCCGGUACCGCUCCCGUUGUCCCCUUUAUGCCGACUCUAGCCGGCCAGCUGGGUUACUCCCCAGCGGUUGUGGGCACCAUGUACACCAUUCUGCCCAUCAUUGGAAUGCUCGCGAAGCCCCUAUUCGGUUAUAUUGCAGACCGGUACCAUCAACAUCGAUCCCUCUUCAUGGGGGGUCAGGUACUCACUGGCAUCGCCUUCUUCCUGAUCAUGUUUGUACCGGGAAUGGAGAAACCGCUGCCCAAAGUUGAGUUCCAUUGCCAUAGUGGUGUAUCGAAUGUAAGAUUCUGCUCCAACUACGGAGAGUGUGUCGAAAGGAACCUGGAAAGGUACUAUGGGAAUCAAUCGCUGAACUGUCAUUUGAACUGCGAGGCUCAACCUUUCAUGUGGGACAUUGCGUGUCAGGAUUGGUUGCAGAACAAGACGGAGAACUGCGCCGCUAAUCGCACCAAUCCUCAGAUGGAUUUCGAAACCAGCAUCCACAUGCAGGACAUUGUGGACGAUAACAGCUGCAUGUACUUCCUAAUUCCCCAUGAUCGUGGACAGAUUGCCGGCGAAAAUGUCACGUUCUAUUGCCCAAAGGACAAAGAGUACUUCAAAGCCAAUUGCACAAUAGACUGCCAUGAGGAUUACUUCAAGGAGCAACUGGCGGAGAGUGCUGUGAUUAACACAAGUAGUGCCAUGUCUAUGCCGCAAUUCUGGUUGUUCUUUGGGCUGUUGAUCUUCAGCUGGAUAGGCAUGGCAGUGGUAGUAAGUAUUGGUGACGCUAUCUGCUUCGGCAUCCUAGGGGAUCGUCAUCAUCUAUAUGGAAAACAGCGCCUGUGCGGCUCCCUCGGUUGGGGAGUUUUUGCCCUGUUGGCCGGCGUCCUUGUAGAUCACAUGUCCGUGGGUGAGGUGAACAAGAACUACACGGCAGUCUUCUGGAUGGCACUGCUUAUCAUGGGCUUCGAUGUGUUCGCAUCAUCCAAGUUGCGACACACGCAAACACAUUUGUCCUCCAACAUUAUGAAAGAUGUUGGUCAAAUGUUUCUUUCGGUGCGCUGCAUCAUCUUCUUCCUGUGGUGCGUCGCUAUUGGACUUGGAACAGCGUUAAUCUGGAACUUCCUGUUCAUCUAUCUGGAGGAGCUGGACAAGAUGUUCGAAGGUUGUGACAGCUCGAUUAAGACCCUUGAGGGCUUGGUCAUGGGUAUUCAGUGCUUUGGAGGCGAGCUGCCAUUUUUCUUCUUGUCCGGUUGGAUCCUUAAGAAGAUUGGACAUGUAAACGCCAUGAGUUUGGUGCUAUUUGGAUUUGGAGUGCGAUUUAUUCUAUACUCGAUGCUCCAAAAUCCCUGGUACAUUCUGCCCAUCGAACUGAUGAACGGGGUGACCUUCGGUCUGUUUUACGCCACAAUGGCUUCCUAUGCGAGCAUUGUAGCACCUCCGGGAACCGAUGCUACCAUGCAGAGCCUUGUUGGAGCGAUUUUCGAAGGAGUAGGUGUAUCCAUGGGCAGCCUAAUUGGUGGACAGCUCUUCGAAUCGGUAUCCGCCCGUACCACCUUUGAGAUCUUUGGAAUAGCUGCCUUCAUCAUAUUCGUAAUCCAUGUAUCCAUUCAACUGUACUUGCAACGCAACAGCAACAUAGAUGAAAAUGGCACUGUCAAGUAUUUCGCACCGACAGAUGCAAUGCACAUGCUGAAUGAACAGGAGUAUAGUAGAGUUAGCUAAACGAUGUUUGUAAUUGGCCGCAUCCACCACCCACAACACCAAUCACCAACAGUCACCAACGAACCAGCUAAACAGCGUCAACAAGAGGCCACGCUUCUACUGUUCAACUGAAAGCUCCACUCCGACAUAAUUUCUACUCUCGAAGCUGCAUGUUGAAUCGAUGAAAUACCUGUAUUGUAAACGUGCUUUAAUUAAGUAGUAACUUAUCUUAGUAACCACACACUCCCACAGAUCGCCACCUAUAUACGUGCAUGUCGCGUCAGCGAAACUCUUCCUCAUUUACCUUUUAAAUUAAUGUGAGAACUUAAUUAUUUGUAGAAUUUCAAGAGCAGCUGGUUGUUUGCAUGUUGUAGUAGUUACGACCAAUCUUUAUCGUAAAUUUUUAGUUUAAAUAUGCCGAUGCCUUGGCACUGUGAUUGUUCAACUAAUGUUUCUCCACACCAUCUUAAUGUUAAACAUAUUUGUAUAUUUAUAAAUAAUAUUUGUAGCUAAGAGUAUCGUAGUCAUUGGCUUCCCCUACUCCGGGUGCAUGCGGUUUUUUUUUUUGCGAAAUCUCUUAAGUAUUUACUUAAAACUAUACACAAUAUACAAUAUAAUGUUUUCCGACUUAUCGCAGGCACAUGAUAGCCAGCUCUUAUAUACAUAUACAAUUAUUAUUAUGAUUAUUAUUAUGUAUCCAAAUGGUUUAACUUUUGUUCAACUGUUAUAUGUGUUAAGUAGUUAGCUAGUUGUUAACGGAAAUCCCAAUGUAAAUGCACCUUUACAGGGGUGUAGAGCUUGUAAAAUCCCAGAUCCACCAGGUUAGGUGGUAAAUGAUCCACUGCUUCUACUGGCUGCCAAUGAGCGACUCUUCGUGCUGUAGCCUCUCGAGUUUUCGCUGGUAGUCGCGUUGCUUGCAGGCAGCCACGUUUGCGGCGCGUUUCUGUAAUCAGCAAUUUAAAGCUAAUAAAUGUUUUAAUCAACA